AUGGACGCGGCCGACGUUGCCCCGCGCGCUGUGCGCAUGCGCAGUGUGAAGAUGGUGGGGCUGGAUAUGGAUUUCAGGGACCGGCAGCUGAGGCGGCGGCAGCAGCAGGUGCUGCAGCAGCGUCAAGGUAUCCAGGUCUGGCGCCUGCCCCGCGGGGCCCGCUGCCCCUCAGCCUGGGCCCCGUUCCAGGGCCAGGGCCAGCAGCCGUGGCCAGUCGCUCGCAGGAAGAGAGCGGCCGGCUCUGGGCAGCCGCGGCCAAGGACGGCAGCCGCCCCCAGGGCGAAAGGGAGCGCGGCAUCGGGCCCUGAGGCUAAGGCGGCUGGAGCGGCAGACCCCAAGGUGGCUGGCGGGAGCGUGGGGGCAGGGAGCGCGGUGGGCCCAGCAAUGACAGCGGCCUCAGGCGGGAGCGCAGCGGAGACGGCGGCGGCCCCAGACCCCGCGGUGAAGGUGGCAGGUGGGAGCGUGACCAUGGUGGUGGCAGCCUCGGGCCCCAUGGUGAAGGUGGCUGGCGGGAGCGUGACCAUGGUAGCCCCGGGCCCCCCAGCAAAGGUGGACGCUGGGAGAGUGGGGGAGAUGAUGGUGGUGGGUUUGGGUCCUGUGGUGAAGGAGGCUGACCGGAGCACAGCGGAGACGACCAUGAAGGUGGCUGGUGGGACCGUGACGAGGACAGCAGCAACCUCAGACCCUACGGUGAAGGUGGCUGGUGGGAGCCCAGUGACCUCAGGCCCUGCGGUGAUGUCGGCGGCCUCAAGCUCUGGGGCGACGGGCCCUGCGGCGAAGGUGGCCAAUGAGAUCAUUCAGUCUCCCUCUUUUGGGUCACAGGCGGCCAUCCCACUGCCAAAAUACAACAGUGGGGUAUCUGUAUCUACAAUGGAGCCCAACAGCAGCAGCACAUUGGCUUUCAAGGGUUCUGUGGUUUCAAUGGCAGCCACAAAGAGACACAACAACAACAAUGUCCCUGUGUGUGGGACUCCAGCAGCCAAGCUCCUCAAAUUGCCUGGGCCUGAUGACAGCCAUAGUCCAGCCCUUUUGGAAGCCUUCAAGGCUGUGGUUGCAGCUGGUGGGAGUGGCUGGCUGGACCCAGUGGCAGUGGCUGCAGUGAAAACAGAACUGGAAGUGGGCUGCUCCUUUGAGGAGGACCUGGGAAACGGGAGCAGAGAGACAAGUGGCAAGAGCAGUGAGCCACAGCAACUCACCUGGACCCCCACCCUACUUGUGACAGAACGCAAGAGAAAGAAGAAGCCUAUUAGCCAGGAGCGCACAACCUUAGUGAACCUUGUACCAUGCACUGAGGAUAGGAUAAAGGAGCCUAAGCCCAACCCCCUGGGAUCAGAGGACCAAGCAGAGGCCUACAAUAUGGAGCCUAUGUUGUCAUUUUUCCCACCAGAUUCCCACAUUAGAAGCAUGGUACCAGGUGGUGAUAACUUUAUGCAAGCUGAACCAAAGGAAAUAUGGAUUUGCGGCCAUUCUGUGAUUUUGGUGACAAAGAGGAGGGCAAGCACUCACCCACAUGGGCUGCAGCUGGGUUUCCCAAGUUCGAGUGCAUUUUUGUAUUGGCAUGGCAUACAGGCAAUGCUGUGGGAUCAGCUCUUGCCUCUUCUUCAUGAAAUUUAUUAUCUCAGGUCUUUUCCAUCAAUUAUAGUAAUUCACCUUGGGGAAAAUGAUCUUGUGCAACACACCAGUAUGUCACUUAUUGUCAAAAUGAAAAAUGACUUGGGCAUCCUUAGAAGGGCCUUCCCUGAUGCCCAUAUAAUUUGGUCUUCACUGUUGCCAAGGCGUUUUUGGAAAGGAGCCGAAAAACCAGUGAGUAUAGAAAAGGCACGGAAGGGGAUUAACAGGGAAAUGUCCCAUUAUUGCAGUGAAAAUGGCAUAAUGUUUUUGAGACAUGAUUUAAUCACUUACGAUAAGCCAAACAUGUUCCUGCCUGAUGUCGAUGACUUGUCUGAUGUAGGAGCUGAUGUUUUUACAGCAGAUUUAAAAGGGGCCCUACAUUCCUGCCUGGGCUUUGGUAAAGGCUAAUCUGCUUUUGUCUGGGGAAACGAAUUUUUCAGGACUGUUCCAUGACAUCCCAUCUGUGCACGGGAGUCUAGGAUUUGAGGGACAGGGAGGGAGAUGGUCAUACCAGUUGAAAGUUAAAGCUUCGUUGCUUUAAACUGGCAGGAAGGAGCAUUUUGCAGUUGCGUCCACAUCCUGUUGUCCUUGGCAAGUUCUUGAUGUGCCGGAAGUUAAGGUGGGUUUGGGUUGCCCACCCAUGGAGUUUCACAGGUCUGUCAGGUCUGUGCACAAAAGACUGUAGUAACUAUGGAGUUACCACCACCACCACCCCCCUUCCCCUGUGAAGAGGGGACACUGGACAGAUACAUAACCUCUGAGCGAGUUAAUGUUCAUUGUGUUAAUUUUGUUCAUUUUGAUCCCUCAUAGCAGUAUUCUUGUAGACAAUAAGAUGUAAUUCAGGAUUAACGAGUUUCAGAUGGCUCGUUCACAUAUUUCUAUCUUAAAUUAGAUGUGUGUGGAAUAAACAUUUUGUUUAUGGUGUGAGUGUGUGUAUAUACACACAUGCAUACACCAUAACACAUUUAAAUGUAACUGUGCAGCAUGGUAUGUUGUCUCUUAUGCUUUGGUAUAAUAGACUGUAAUUGUUGGAAAGUUAUGGACAUUAGCAGGGCUUUGGACCAGAUCCCGGAGCUGGAGUGUGGAGCAGCUCCGGAGCAGUGGAGCUGCAGGUUUUUGCCUGGAGCUGGAGUGGAGCCAGAGCACAGCUCCAAAGCCCUGGAUAUUAGGGCUCUGACUAAACAGACUGUUUCCAAUUAUUCAUAGAAAUAUAGGGCUAGAAGGGACCUCAAGAGGUCAUCAUGUCCAGCCUUCUCAGUGCUGAGGCAGGACCAUCCCUCUGUUCUUAAAAAACCUUCAAGGAUGCCUAUUCCACAACCUCCCUUGGAAGUCUAUUCCAGUGCUUAACUACCCUUCUAGUUAGAAAGUUUUUCCUGAUAACCAUCUUAAAUUUCCCUUGCUGCAGAUCAAGCCCAUUACUUGUUGUCUUACCUUCAGUUGACAUAGAGAACAAUGUAAUCACUGUCGUCUUUAUAACAGCCCUUAACAUCGUGGAGGACUGUUAUCAGGUCCUCCCUAGUUCUUUUCUUAAGACUAAACAUGCCUAGGGUCUCCCCUUCUCUUCCCUCCUCCCCACCCCACCCCACUGUUCAGAUUUUCCAAACCUUUUAUCAUUCUUGUUCUCCUUUGGACUCUUUCUAGUUUAUCUACAUCUUUCCUAAAGUAUGGCACCCAGAACUGAUACAGUAUUCCAGCUGAGGCCUCUCUAGUGCCAGGUAGAGCAGGACAAUUACCUCCUGCGUUUUUUAUAUAUAGCACUCCAGUUAAUACACUCCAGAAUGACAUUAGCUUUUUUCACAACUACAUCACGCUGUUGACUCAUAUUCAGUUUGUGAUCCACUACAACCCCAGAUCGUUUUCAGCAGUACUGUCACCUAGUCAGUCAUUCCCCAUUUUAUAGUUGUGCAUUUGAUUUUUCCUUUCUAAGUGUAGUACUUUGCAUUUACCUUUACUGAAUUUCAUCUUGUUGAUUUCAGACCAAUUUUCCAGUUUGUCAGUCAUUUAGAAUUCUAAUCCUAUCCUCCUACGUGCUUCCCAGCAUGGUAUCGACUGCAAAUUUUAUAAGUAUACUCUCCACAGCAUUUUCCAUGUUAAUGAAAAUAGUGAAUAGUACCAGACCCAGGACUAACUCCUGCGGGACCCCACUAGAUUCAUCCCUACCAGUUUGACAGCAAACCAUUGAUAACUACUCUGAGUAUGGUCUUUCAAUCAGUUUUAUACUCACCUGAUAGUAAUUUCAAAUAGACCACAUUUACCUGUUUUACUUAUGAGAAUGCCAUGUGGGUCUGUGUCAAAAGCCUUACUAAAAAUCAAGGUAUAUCCUGUCUGCUGCUUUCCCUCAUCCACUAGGCCAGUAACCCUGUUAAAGAAGGAAAUUCGGUUGGUUUGGCAUGAUUUGCUAUUUCUUAUAACCCUGCUAUCCUCUAGCUGCUUACAAAUUGGUUAAUAAUUUGUUCCAGUAUCUUUCCAUGUGUGCAAGUUAGGCUGACUGGUCUAUAAUUCCCUGGGUCCUCUUUGUUCCCCUUUUAAAAGAUAGGUACUAUUUUUGCCCUUCUCCAAUCUUCGAGUUAUUCACCCAGCAUCCAUGAAUUCUCGAAGAUACUUGCUUACGGUUAUGAGGUUGCUUCAGCUAGUUCCAUAGGUACAAUAGGAUGAAUUUCAUCAGGACCUAACAACUUGAAUACGUCUAACUUAUCUAAAUGUUCUUUAACCCAUUCUUCCCUAUUCUGGCUUGCAUUCCUUCCCCUUUGUUGUUAAUAUUGUGACCCAAUACUCAACACCAUUAACCUUUUUAGUGAAGACUGAAGUGAAAUAGGCAUUAAACACUCAGCCUUCUUGAUGUUGUCAGUCAUUCGCUCUGCUUCCCUGCUAAGUAGAGGACCUAUGCUUUCAUUUGUCUUUCUCUUGCUCUUCAUGGUUAAUCCUGUGUUAACACUAACAAGUACAUAGGGCUCGCAAGUAUCCUCUAUCCCGUUCUCAUUUGAGUCUAGCUUCCAUCUAGUGUCUGACUAGUAACCUGCUCUGCAAUAGAGGUUUUGACAAAACUGGCUUCCUCACCAUCAGUUGCUCUGCAACCUGUCCUCAAAUAACACAUUCAUUUCUGGCUAUAAUCAAGAACUCUACCUUCCAGCACACUACUGGCUUGGAUGCUGACCUGCAAACAAAUCACUUACCUCUUUGUGCCUCAUCUUACCAUUUCGUAGUCCCAUUUCAAAUUUACCCAUUUACCUACCUCAAAGAGUUUGUUAAAGAUAUUAAGUGCUCAAUAGCUAGGGAUUAUAAUUUUUUUUUCUUGUAUGUCUGUAUAAGAACACAUAACUAGUGGGAAUUUUCUCCUGAGGGUCCAGUGAGAAACUUUCUCUUGUUUUGAGAUCAUUUAUAUGAAUAGCAAUCAAAGAGCUGACUGUUGAAAUGCCAUCUAAUUCUUUCCCUAUGUUUGUGUUAAGCCUACAAGUCAUUGCUUAGAAGGAUCAGAAUAACACUGUUGAUGGUAUACUGGCCAAAACACAUGUGUAUGUUUUGUUUAUGGAGUGGUUUAUACUGAGAGGUCAUCAGACUGGGAAUGGCAGUAACUCCACGACUUCCUGUCUUUGCACGGGAGUCUGGAAUGAGGGUGAAAGGGGGUUGAAAUACCAUAAGCUUAAUUGCCAGAAAUGGGCAAGAAGAAAAGUUGUCCAUGUUACCUGCAAAUCUUUUGGAAGACAGGAGGUGGAAGAUUUGGGGUAGUCUAGGAGCGCCUCUCUAAGGCAAGGCUGUAAUAAUGAUGGAAUCUCCCAAGAAUGGAGAAAUUGGCUGAUGACCUCUUUCAAUUGACUGUACAUAGUUGUUGAGCAUUUUUGUAGGUGGAACAUAUUUGUAAUGUGAACAGCACUGUAACUUUUUGUACAUUAAUAAAGCUAUGAUUUUUGUGUU